AUGAACUCAAUCCUGUCGACUUUCAAGCCUGAUGCUUCGGGCACGCCCCCGAAGCAGGUUCCCUACAUUCCUUGGCUCGAACUCAAUGACGGGAAUAAGAUCCCGAUGCUCGCGUACGGUUUGGGCACGGCCAAUUACAAGUCUGGCGGUGCUGGAUUCGACGAGAAGAUUGUCGACAACACCGUCAUGGCUGUCAAGCUCGGCUACCGCCAUCUCGAUGGCGCGGAAGUCUACGGGAACGAGGAAGAGCUCGGUGCCGCCAUCAAGAAAGCUGAGAAGGAGGGCGUCCCCAGAGAUAAGCUGUACAUCACUGCCAAGAUCGCGGGGAACAAAAAGCAAGACACCGAGGAGGCGUUUGCCCGCACGUUGAAGAAAUUGGGUCUCGAAUACGUCGACCUCUACCUGAUCCACGCUCCCUUCUUCGCCGAUUCCGACGAGGAGCUUCAGCAGAAGUGGGCCGACUUCGAGGCCAUCAAGGAGUCGGGCAGAGCCAAGUCGAUUGGUGUCUCGAACUUCCUGCAACCGCAGCUUGAGGCCAUCAUGAAGACCGCCAAGAUUCCUCCCGCCAUUAACCAGAUCGAGUACCACCCUCAUCUGCAGCACGGAGACCUGCUGGAUUUCCACCGCGAGAACAAAAUCGCUGUCUCGGUCUACGCUCCGCUGACUCCAAUCACCUCCGACAUCGACAGCCCUGUCCGGACCAUCUGGGCGAACCUGUCCAAGAAGUACGGUGUCAGCGAGUCCGUCAUUGGACUCCGGUGGUGCAUCGACCAAGGUCUCGUGACCAUCACUACCUCGUCCAAGGAGGAAAGAUUGCAAAGCUACCUGAACCAUCUUCCCGCCAUCAAGCUGACGCCUCGUGAGGUGAGCGAGAUUGCUGAGGCUGGCAAGUCGAAGCACUUCCGAGGGUUCUGGAAGAACAAGUUUGAUCCGGAAGACACUCGUUGA